AGAGUUGGGGUGCAUGUGCUUUGCUUAUAAAUAAGCCCCAAUUCUCCAUUCUCCCCACCACAUGCUCUCCACUUUCCAUAACCUUUUUAUGCCUUAAAAUUUGACCCUCUGCAUCCCAUUAAUCAACAGUGGAAAACCCAGAUGGGUCCUGCUCAGAAACUCUUUCCCGUUCUGUUUUAUGUCUUUGUUAUGUGCUCAUGUGCUUAUUCAGCUACAUUCACGAUCAUAAACAAGUGUAGCCAUCCUGUCUGGCCAGGCAUACUCUCUAACGCUGGCACCUCACAGCUCCCCACAACCGGUUUCGCCCUGCAGCCUGGCGAAUCGAACUCAAUUGAGGUGCCGCAAGCAUGGUCUGGCCGUUUAUGGGGUCGAACACUUUGCUCUCAGGACUCCACAACUGGGAAAUUCUCUUGCCUGACAGGGGACUGUGGCUCCACCACAAUCCAAUGCUCUGGUGAUGGCGCUGCUCCUCCUGCCACCCUUGCGGAAUUCACUCUUAAUGGAGCUAACGGGCUCGACUUCUAUGAUGUUAGUCUUGUUGAUGGCUACAACCUGCCAAUGCUAAUAUCACCACAAGGCGGUGCAAGUGGGAAUUGUACAAUUACAGGCUGUUCGGUGGAGUUAAACAAUGCAUGCCCGUCAGAGCUUAAGGUUAUGGACAGUGAAAAUGGUGAGAGCGUAGCGUGUAAAAGUGCGUGUGAAGCGUUUGGGAAUCCUGAAUAUUGUUGCAGUGGAGAAUAUGGCAAUCCUAACACCUGCAAGCCCAGCUCCUACUCAGAAUUCUUCAAAACUGCUUGCCCUCGAGCUUAUAGUUACGCCUAUGACGACGGGACUAGCACUUUCACUUGUGCAGGAGCCGAUUACGAAAUCAGCUUUUGUCCUUCACCUUCCACCAGUUUAAAGUCGGCAAACGGGCAGUAUCCACAAGCUGUGGAUGUCUCAGCGGGCGCUCGCAGGACGUCACCUUAUGUCAUCAGCGGUAGCAUGGCUGUUUUGGCGGCAAUUUGGCGGUUGUGGCAGCUCUACUAAUCCUGCCAACCGUACGUUUGCUAUAGGGAGAAAAAAAAUUAGAAAAGACUCUUCCAAUACUUACGACUUGAAAUUCUUUUACGAACAAAGAGCGAUUCAGUCCAUCGGAUUCACCUCCUGUUCAUAUGAAUACGAGAGAGUGUACUAUUUUUUCUUAUGGGUAUGAAAAUUUUAAACAUGUGCCAAGAGUCAGAAGUGGCAAUUGGCCUGCAAUUGUGGGGGUUGUGCUUGCUGUAUUUGCUUACCCAACUUGGAGGAAGGAUUAUUGGGACAUUAAAAAUAUUGAUAUCAGGUGCAAAGAUGUGAUGGAAAUGGUAAUGCAUACAAUGGAUAAAAGGUGAAAAUUGCCCACAUCAGCAAUCAUGUUUCUGGAUUCGGACAAAGAGCAAAAGAUGAGCAAGUGGGUUAUAUCUUGAUUUUCUUUUCUUAAUUUGAAGAAUUUUAAUGUUUCAGACAUUCAAGUUGAUUUGGAGGUGUAAUAGAUUUAUAGUAUUUUGGGGUAUACUAUGAUUGCUUGUUUAAUUUAAUGUAAUAUAUUUUUCAAAGCUUUCUUA